UCAAGUAUUACGAGCAGAGUAAAGUUAAACUCCCAAGACACAGAAGCCAGAGAGCCAACCAAGAACGGAGACAGCUUUCUCUCCACAGCAGGAUACGCGCAGGCGCAGCUGCUCGCAUUCUCUGUGUGUCAGUGCAGAGCUCCCCGUGGGCUAACGGUGUCACCCGCCUCUUGCUUGGUAGCACUCCUCCGGCCGGAGGAGGGCAAGUGCUGCUUCCUUCGCGCCGUGUCCGCGGCGAGGAGGAGGAGGAAGAAGCAGGGAGGGCUCCGGGGGGACCAGCGGGAUAUCAGGGACGGAGCAGGAGCAAUCGAGAUCAAAAUCACCGAUUUGUUUGCUUCCGGGCACCCUAACACUGGCCCAGCCCGUCCGUCCAUGGUCCGAUGGUUCUUCCUUUUCAGCGCGCAAGAUCGAUCUGAGUUCAUACCAAGCUUGGAUCCGGAGUUUGCAAGAAGCCCCUAGUAGAUCAUAAAUAAUGUCGCAGAGGGGACUAGAGGCCGUGGCGACGCUGUUCAUGCUCAUGCUUUUCAAUGCUUCAGGAGCAUUUGUUGGUAUCAACAUUGGCACUGGGGUGUCAGACCUGCCAUCAGCAUCAGACAUAGUCUCCACCCUUAAAGCAAAGAAGAUCCAGCAUGUUCGCUUGGUAGAUUCAGACCAUCAGAUGCUGGUCGCCCUCGCGAACACCGGAAUCGAAGUGAUGGUCGGGGUGCCAAAUGAUCAGCUGCUCCGCGUGGGCCAGUCUCGUCCGACAGCUGCUGAUUGGGUCAACAAGAAUGUUGCUGCCUACGUUCCGGCAACGAACAUCACGUAUAUCGCCUUGGGCGAUGAGGUUCUUACCACUAUCCCGAAUGCAGCUCUUGUUCUGGUACCUGCAUUGCAGUUCCUCCAGUCAGCACUGUUGGCUGCAAACCUCAAUACCCAGGUGAAACUAUCAAGUCCCCACUCCAUGGACAUGAUCUCCAAGGCAUUUCCUCCCUCCACCGCCACUUUCAACUCGACGUGGAGCUCGAUAAUGCUCCCGUAUCUUCAGUUUCUGAAGAGUACAGGAUCUUCCUUCAUGCUGAAUGCUCAACCAUACUAUGGCUAUGUGAAAGGGCAAGGUGUGUUCCCUUUGGAGUAUGCCCUGUUCCGGUCACUCAAUCCCAACAGUCAGGUUGCGGAUCCCAACACCAAUUUGUUCUACACCAACAUGUUUGACGCUAUGGUUGAUGCCGCGUACAGCUCUAUGAAAGCGAUGAAUUUCACCGGUAUUCCUGUUAUGGUCACAGCUUCUGGUUGGCCAUGGCGUGGUGGACGAAAUGAGCCGGCUGCUGAUGUUGACAAUGCUUUGGCCUACAAUACAAAUCUCAUACGCCAUGUGCUAAAUAAUUCUGGUACCCCUAGCCAGCCAAAUAACCAAGUAAGCACAUACCUGUUUGAGUUGUUCAACGAGGAUCGUCGGGCUGGACCUGUUUCGGAGCAAAAUUGGGGCAUUAUGUUUACCAAUGCAAGCGCGGUGUACUCCCUGACAUUUGAAGAUGUGGCCACAAAUAACACUGACUCGCCGGCUUUGCGCGGGAUGUUUUGUGUGGCAAAUUCAAAUGCCCCCCAUAGUGCAUUGAAGCAAAGUUUGGAUUGGGUAUGUGGCCCUGGCUCCGCAAACUGCAGUGCCAUUCAACCUGGGCAGCAAUGCUAUAAACCAGAUGAUAUUGUAGCUGUUGCUUCGUAUGCUUUCAACGAUUAUUAUCAUAGAACACAAGCGAGUGGCGGUACAUGCAACUUUAAUGGCACAGCAACCAUAUCAUCUACGGAUCCUAGCCAUGGUUCAUGUGUUUUCGCGGGAAGCACCGGUGCCAAUGGCAGCAGCAGUGAUGCGGCUGCUGGUCCUGUGAGCCAAGACAGUUUUGCGUCACAAUAUAAGUCUUGCUGGUUGACUUGCGUACUCGCCGUGCUGCUGCCCGUUGUACUCAUGUAAAACAUUGUGACUGUAUGUUGUAUUUCGUAUGAGAAGCAUUGAAUUUCUCGCGCCUCUUGUCAUCAUUUAGAAUAGGGAGCCAUAUUGGUCUCAGUGUAUUGAGGUAGAUGACAUGUAUCUCUGAAAAGCAAUUGUUCUAAGAAUGAAUGGACAAGGUGCACUUAUUUUGAAUGUCAAGUUGGAAAACUUUAAUCCUGGAA